AAGUUUUAGUUACGGAUGUUUGGUGUAGAUAAUGGCCAUCUCAUUGAUUCUAAAGAUCAGCCUGUGGAUUUGUUUGACUUAGAUGAAAGUGAAGAGGAUGAAGAUGAUUUGUUGCAAAGGACUGGGAAUUUCCUAUCCACAUCAGCCACUCUUCCUAAAGGCAUCUUAAAGAUGAAGAACUGCCAACACGCUAACGCUGAACGUCCUACCACUGCUCGGGUCUCGUCUGUGCAGUUCCAUCCCUGUGCACAGGUUGUGAUGGUCGCUGGACUAGAUAACGCUGUAUCGCUCUUUCAGGUUGAUGGAAAAACAAAUCCUAAAAUUCAGAGCAUCUAUUUCGAAAAGUUUCCAAUCUUUAAGGCUUGUUUCAGUGCUAAUGGAGAAGAGGUUUUAGCCACGAGCACUCACAGCAAAGUUCUUUAUGUCUAUGAUAUGCUGGCUGGAAAGCUAAUUCCUGUGCAUCAAGUAAGAGGUUUGAAGGAGAAGAUAGUGAGGAGCUUUGAAGUCUCCCCAGAUGGGUCCUUCUUGCUUAUAAAUGGUGUUGCUGGAUAUUUACAUUUGUUGUCAAUGAAGACUAAAGAACUAAUUGGUAGCAUGAAAAUUAAUGGAAGGAUUGCAGCAUCCACAUUCUCUUCAGACAGUAAGAAAGUAUAUGCCUCUUCAGGGGAUGGGGAAGUUUAUGUUUGGGAUGUGAACUCUAGGAAGUGCCUUAACAGAUUUGUUGAUGAAGGCAGUUUAUAUGGAUUAAGCAUUGCCACAUCUAGGAAUGGACAGUACGUGGCUUGUGGUUCCAAUUGCGGAGUGGUAAACAUAUACAGUCAAGAUUCUUGUCUCCAAGAAACAAACCCAAGGCCGAUAAAAGCUAUAAUGAACUUGGUUACAGGUGUUACGUCUCUGACCUUCAAUCCUACUACAGAAAUCUUGGCAAUUGCUUCAGAAAAAAUGAAAGAAGCAGUCAGAUUGGUCCACCUUCCUUCCUGUACAGUAUUUUCAAACUUCCCAGUUAAAAAGAAGAAUAUUUCUCUUGUUCAUACCAUGGAUUUUUCUCCCAGAAGUGGAUAUUUUGCCUUGGGGAAUGAAAAGGGCAAAGCCCUGAUGUAUAGGUUGCAUCAUUACUCAGACUUUUAAAGAGAUGAUUUGAAAUCGACUUGAGCCGCAAGAGAAGCUGGUCCUGAUAAAUCUUCCCAGAAACUUUGCUGAAUGCGUGAUAAUAUAUGGAUAAUGAUGUAUUGAGCCAGCUAUGCAUAUUUAAGUUGAGAAAUGUUUUAAUAAACCCGUAGCAACUUUUGUUUGAAA